AUGACGGAGCAACGCGCCACCCAGAUGGAGAUGAGGGAGCGCAGCAGUCUCCGAGAUACCUUCUUCGGCUUGAAGCGCGAGCCUCAGAAGAGGCCAACGUCGGUUGCUACGGAAUUCGUCGAUACCGACUGGGAUGAGGAUGACAUCCUCAGUGAUUUCGAGGAGCCCGUGGAUAACUCUCCCCGAGCUAGUUUACGUUCCACUGGGCAGGGGAGCGAGACAACUCUUUCGUCCUACGAUGAGGCGACGACACCCCGAUCGAGCCAUGGCCGCAUACCCGAAGUGUUUGUCGAGAUGGAGGAGAGGCAAGUUGAAGGCCCUCGCGGUCCGCACCUGUUCCGCGACUCUCUAUCGACCACCUACAGCGACGAGCAUGUCUUGACUCUUUCUCCCAUUACUCCUUCGACCGUAAAGGAGUCCAAUAACUACCUUCGGUCCGUCGACGACUCCGACUUUUAUUCUCCCAGUAAGGAGCUAGCGAAUAUUCUGGCCGCCCAUUCCACACCUGCGGGCUUUACGAGCCAGCAUCUUGACACCCAGGACCUCGCCUCAUGGACGCCUCGAAUGGUCGCUCAGUCAAUGCUCAAUGCCGGUGUAGAUUACUCCGUGGCCCAGACAUUCGUGGACAAUGACAUCAGCGGUGCCAUCCUCAUGACUCUCAAGUUUGAGGACCUCAAGGAGCUCCAGAUCCAGUCGUUCGGUGUUCGCAUUAAGAUCUGGAACCAGGUCCAAGUACUCCGGGACUGCAAGGCGACAUCACCGCUUCCUCCCACUCCGAUUGAGGACAUCCCUAGCCGAGAUGUCUGCAAGACACCUGCCGACACGCUUCCCAGGCGUCAAUCUACGAGGAGGCGACGGGUCAAGAAGAACAAGAUGGACGACAUCAUCACUCCUAUGGAGUCCGUAUCCAUUGUCGGCAUUGAGCAGGUAAUUCCCAAGCCCCAUCAUUGCUCCAAGGGCGAAGCGUGCUCCAAGUUCAGAAAGCAGAGGCGCCUGAUCGAGGCCUUUAAGAAGGAGCAUCCAUUGGCCUCCCUCGAGAAUGGUGUUCUCAUUGCUGGUGACCCUGGCAACCCGGAGACGGCUACACGCCUGGACCCUGGAGACUUCCGUCCAGUCUCAGAUGCCGUACCGUCUGUUGUUGCAUCGUCAGACGUCAUGGGCCCUGGCGAAUUGCCCCCGCUGCAAUACCUUCGCCUGGCCACCCUUCGAAGCGCCCAAGACGCCGAACCCCAGAACCAGCCGGACCAUGUCAGGCAAUUCCUCAACUUCCAGCGCUCGCAAUCGGCUGGCGAGGUUCCCCCGACCCCUCCAUUCGAGAUUCUCCCUCAAACCCAGGCGCCGCACCAGGGCCUUCGCCACCUUCCCAAGCUCUCUAUUCCUGGGAAGUCGGCACUUCGCCAUGUACAAACGGCACAGACGGCAGCGACUGCGCAACCAAUUAUCCCCGUCUGUCAAUCGCCUGAUCAGGUGCAGGCGCAGGUGCAGGAGACACGUCCUGCUUCGGGAGGAGGCUUCGUUCCUUAUACUAUGACGAAGGCCUCGCCGCUUGCCCAGGAUCUCGUCUCCCCCGUAUCCAAUCUCCGCCGUGGGACUCCAUUCUCUGAGAUGGAUGUUCCCUACAUGGCUGUGCCAAUUGACCCUCUGUCUCGAGAUGUCUCUCAGUCUGUACCUCCGGACAUGAACUACCGAGCUCCUGCUGCUGCUGCUCCUGCUCCUGCUCGCGCCAUGUCUCGCGCUUCCACUCGCCGACCUUCCUUCCCUGUCAUGCCCGCCGUCGAUGAGAACAGGGCUACCCCUCCUCCUCUUCGACAAGGAUCCAAGACUCCGUCUCCAACGCGCAGGACACAUCAGCAGCCUCUUCGCGCGCCGCCGAGAGUAAACUACCCUUGGUCGCCGAUUGAGCGCACGAAGCCCUUUGAAACCGCUAUCCCUCCCUUCCCCAGCGUGUCUCAGGCCAUACCUGUUAAGGAUGCAGUUCGGUCCACCACCCUGGACGGCACCACUUAUCAGGGCCCGAUGAAGAAGCGAAAGACUCACUUCCUCCGCCAUGAGUGGCAGGAUGGCUACUUUACCCUCAAGGGCACGAGGCUCGCCAUGCACAAGGAUGCGCAGGAUAUUGACCGUACCCUCGAGUACGUUGAUAUUGACGACUAUGCCAUAGCCUGCUCGAGCUAUGCUUCUCAGUCCAAGCUCAGCGCCGCUCUCAAGUCCAUGCACAUCCGACAGGGCAAGAGUGGAAAGCCUGACGUCGCUGCAUUCGCCUUCCAGCUUGUGCCCCCGCCUAAGCAGCCUGGCAGGCUCAAGAAGCGAGACAGUGUCCAGGCUGGCGACCUUGCCGAUGGUGUCAACGGCACUGGUAAGACCCAUCACUUUGCCGUCAAGGACCGCGAGGAGCGCAUCGACUGGAUGCGCGAGCUCAUGCUUGCCAAGGCUCUCAAGCAAAAGGGCGAAGGGUUCCAGAUCAGCGUCAAUGGAAGCAUGAUCUAA